CUCGUGCAUAACAACCAGCACUGCCUCCUCCAGAGAUCUGGGUCCAUCCUCAGGCCACCCAUCUACUGCAACCAAAGUUGUCGCUGUGCGCACAGUGCAAUCAAUUAUGACUCGCUGGCACGCACAGUGAUAUCGACCAUCCCAAGCGUGUUGAGGUAUGUUUGUGUGUUAUGCCUGGGUUUCCAUCUGAGGAGAUCAAACUUCUUCUUUCGUGGGAAAUCAUCUCAUCUGUCGACCGGGCAUGCCCAUCGUCGGACGUCUGACCGUUCCUGAGGAGGUGUUCCAGCAAAUACUAUGCUAUACUCCAAGGGAAAGUCUGCCUCUACUCUCACUGGUUUCGAAAUCCUGGUAUAUGUCUGUGACGCCGAUACUGUACAGGAACAUAGAACUCGUGUGGCGUCGCACACAGUAUCUCUGUCGUGAAACCCUGGGUCGUAGACUCUGGUGCAAGAGACAUGGCGGACCUUGCUCUUGCGAAGAACAAGCACCAUGCAAACCAGAAUACCAUCCAGAAGAAACGUUUGGGAAGCGUGGGUGGUGCUCGUGUCUGACAACGGUUUCUUGUCAAAACAGGACUUACCCUUCACUGUAUCUCUUGGUGAGAACGCUGAUAUCUUCCCCUGAGCACGCAGGUCUCGUACGCUGUCUUCGUCUCGUCGGUGCGGUACCUCGAUCGGUGUGGACCGAGCCUCAACAGACUGGACUCUCAAACCAAGACAGUAAUCAAAUACGAUGCAUACUGCGAGAAAGUGUACGGACUAAAUGCUCAGAGGCAAAGUGGAUCGGAGAGCUUGAUAGAGGCUCUCCAAGUGCAUUUGCCGCUCUUUUGCUGGUGAACCUGAAAAACCUCGAGGCGGUCGAGAUGGGCGCGGGCUUCCAACAAUUGUUUUCGUUUCUCGGACCUUACACUCAGAAAAGUCUCACCCAAUUCACCACGGCUUCGAUUGGUGCUUUUCAGGACGAGGUCUUCAUGGGACCAGGCCGAACGCCCGAGGCACGAUCUGAGAGUCUCUCAUCUCUCACCUUGUUCCACUUACCAAACGUUCGCCGUCUUUCGCUGAAUAUACCGAAACCACUUGAGGGUCGCAAGUUUGUUUGGCCAGACAUGACUUCACCGCCUGUGAAUAUAUAUCUGACCUCGCUCGAGCUCGCUUUUACCUUCUUAGACGAACACGACUUGCCCCAUGUACUCAAGACUUGUCCAAGAUUACGCAGUCUGAAGUACGAUCUCUGGACCACUGUCAAAGAUGGCGAGGUAACAGAAACAGAAGAAGCUAUCGUGCGGCUGUCAGCACUUCCACAAGCACUCCUUCCUGUCAAAACAACACUCGAGACCUUCCAUCUGCAUAUAGAGAAAUACCAUUGGGCUUCUGGAUCUUGGAAUGAGUACUGGGAGCAUACAAUCGGCCACAUGUCCUUUCAUGACUUUCCAAGGCUCAGCACAUUGCAUGUUCCGUUGCAAGUAUUGUUAGGCGACCGUACCGCAACGAGAGACCUGAAAGCAACGCUACCCAGAACGCUGAUCAAUCUUUGGAUAAACCUAGACGGCUUCGACUUUCCUGAGGAGGAUUGCCCCGGUAACUCGCCCGUGUACGGAGACGAAGCGAUUCUCAGCACUAUGAUGGACCUCUUUGAUCAUCGACAAAUCUGCACGCCUUCGCUCCAAAUCCUCAAAAUUCUCGUCGGACAAGUCGAUCGUCUGGUCUUGGCCCAGUGGGAUCCAGACCUACUUGCAAACGUCCUGGAACCACGAGGGAUAGAAGUAAGCGUGGAUGUGGUUGUCGAUAUGGUCAUGUGGCGUAACAGUGCGUAUGCAUCUGACACUUUCCACUCACUCGCGAGACAGCUGCCUCCCUACUUCGAUCAGGAGACCAUUGACAAGUAUCGUGUGCUGGAGAAAGGACCAAAUGCACAAGAUCGUCGCUAUUUUCGCAUGAUGCAGUUUCUUGGUCAGGGUGGCCAGGACAGCCGCUUAUGAAAACAUUACUCUCAUCAGUCGAUGAGGUCCAAAGCCCUCUACGGUUCACCUCGAAUCGAUAAGACUCGCCAUCAAGCUCUUCAAUCAGCUCAAUCCUCGAUAUUUUAGCC